AUGGCUUCCACGACGGAAACAAAUUCGUACCAAGAGCAUUGGGUUACUGGGCCACAUUCCACAAAUUUCUAUUGUAGGACAUAUGCCGCGUCGGAUUCGAAAGCGACACUCGUUUUCCUUCAUGGAUUCAUCGAACACAUCGGACGAUACACGCACGUGUUUCCACAGUGGCAGGCCCGAGGAAUCAACGUCUUCACAUUUGACCAACGCGGAUUUGGCCUCACGGCAGAAGACACUGAACAUAAGAGCUCGGAUAGCUCGUAUGCAAAGACGUCGGGCGCAGAUCAGCUGGAGGAUACGGAAUGGGCGGUGACCGAGGCGAAGGCGCGAUUCGGUGAGGAAUUGCCUGUCUAUGUGAUGGGACAUUCCAUGGGAGGUGGGACCGUUCUUGAAUUUGCGACACGAACCAAGCACAAGCUCGCUGGCAUCAUUGCAUCAGCACCCCUAAUCCUACAGACCAGCGCGGCACCUAAAAUCGCACGUUGGGUUGGUGGAAAAGUUAGCCUGAUCGCGCCGUACGCGACCAUUCCAGCACAGGUUAAAGCGGAGGAGCUUUGUAAAGAUCAGAAAGUGUGCGAAGCGUAUUUGCAAGACCCUCUAGUAAAACAGAAAGGGACUUUAAGGGGGGUUAGUGACAUGCUCAAUCGGGGUGAAGAGUUGCUGAAAAUGAAUUAUGAAAGCUGGCCCGAGGACCUGCCUCUUCUGAUUAUCCACGGAACAGGUGACAAAGUCACCUCGUAUCGCGCCAGCCAGCGCUUCCACGACGCAGUGCGUGCAAAAGAUAAAACCAUCUUACUCUACCCGGACGGAUAUCACGAAUUACAUAACGAGCCUGACGGAGUCAGCGACAAAGUCAUUGAUGAAUGUAUUUCAUGGGCUGAGGUGCACUUGCCCGCAGCAAGUCCCCAGCUGGAAACGAUGGCAAGGUUAUAGUCACAGGUGCCUUUGCGGACGAUUCUCCCCUAGGUUUUAUUUCCUCGAUUCUAAUUUCGUACUCCCAACAUUCUCGUCGGAAGACUAAAUUGUGCUAUAUGACUGACAUUCUUCGGCGUGAUAGACACAUUCGGCAUGUGAUUCUGAAAGCAAUCGUAUGAGUGUUGCCAUUGUUGACUUUCUAAACGAAUUUGCAUUGUAAUUUCAUCUUCUAAC